CAUGCGCAAUGAGCUGCCACAUGUACCUACAGUAUUUUAGAGAAGCAUGGCGAUGAACAUAGAUGAAGCUCAAGUCCAGCAACUAAGGGUGUUUGUGUCCCUCUGCAAUGCUCAUCCCUCUGUCCUCAACUUUCCCCAGCUAUCUUUCUUCAAGGAAUGGCUCGAGAGCCUUGGAGCAAAAGUUCCUGACACCCCCCCACCCGAGCCAGAGCCAGAGCCAGAGCCAGUUGUGCAGGAGCCUGAGGACGAAGAGAUAGAGACUGAACCUAAACCACCCAAAAAGUCUCCAACUAAAGAGCCGCCAAAGGUAGAAUCUGAAGAGGAAUCUGCCGAAAGUGAUUUAGAACUGGACAUGGAAGGUACUAUAUCGCCUGAAGAGGACCCUCCCCAGGUGAUGGGGGACUCUAGCAAAGAGGUGACAGAGGACAUGAGAGACAAAGCUCAGGAGGAGAGGGCACAAGGAUCCAUGGCAAUGGCCGAUGGUGACGUGGAGAAAGCAAUAGAACACUUCACUGCAGCUGUUCUGGCCAAUCCAAAAUCAGCUCCUCUGUACGCCAAAAGAGCCAGUGCGUUCAUCAAACUGAACAAACCCAAGUCAGCGAUCAGGGACUGUGCUGAAGGUAUCAGUAUCAACCCUGACUCCGCCCAAAGCUACAAGUGGAGGGGACGUGCCCACCAGCUGUUGGGAGAGUGGGAGGAUGCGGCCAAGGAUUUCCAAACGGCUAGCAAACUGGACUUUGACGAAGAUGUCAGUAUCUGGCUUAAAGAAAUCAAGCUAAAAGCUCAAAGGAUUCGUGAGCACAAGUUGAAACAAGAGCGUCGACAAAGGGAGAGAGAGAUCAAGGAGAAGAAAAAGAGAAUUAAGGAGGCUCAUCAGAGGGCAAGAGAGGAAGAGGAGGCUCGUCAGGAGGCUCGUCAGAAGGCAGAGGAGGAGAUGAAGAAUAUGGGUGGAAUGCCUGGAAUGUUUCCUGGAGGAAUGCCUGGUGGAAUGCCUGGAAUGUUUCCUGGAGGAAUGCCUGGUGGAAUGCCUGGAAUGUUCCCUGGAGGAAUGCCUGGUGGUAUGGGUCGCGGAGGAAUGCCUGGAGGAAUGGGUCGUGGAAUGCCCGGAGGAAUGCCUGGAGGAAUGGGUCGUGGAAUGCCUGGAGGUAUGCCCGGAGGAAUGCCUGGAGGAAUGGGUCGUGGAAUGCCUGGAGGUAUGCCCGAUGGAAUGCCCGAAGGUAUGCCUGGUGGAAUGCCUGGAGGUAUGCCUGAUGGAAUGCCCGGAGGUAUGCCUGGUGGAAUGCCUGGAGGUAUGCCUGACACCGGUGGUAUGGACUUCUCAGCUAUCUUGCAAGACCCUGAGCUCAUGACCAUGAUGCAGGACCCAGAAGUGAGGAAUGCUUUCCAAGAUGUGCAGACUAACCCUUCCAACAUCUCAAAGUACCAGAGCAACCCCAAGAUACAAAAAGUCCUGGAGAAGCUUUCUGCUAAGUUUGGUGGUGGUGCCCCCGGUCAAUAAAUAGAACCAUACAAACUGUGCAAACUAUGCUAAUCAAUGCUGUUUAUGUUUUUCAAAUUGUUUGUUGAUGUUGAUAGAAAAUUAAUUAAUUAAUGGUGGAUUUGUGCAUUUACAAUAAAGUGAUUGACAGACUGUGA